AUGGCCUCCAAAGCCGAGCUUGAGGGCGAUAUCCGGUAUAUCAAGACCCCCAAGGCGCAGCCGUCGGCGUUUGAGUCGACCCAGGAUUGCGGCGUCCCCAUUACCAGCUCUGCGGCCAUCCACAAUGCCCCGUUGCCGGCUGAGGGACCCGGCAAUGUGAGCUUUUCCAACCUGGCCUUGAUCAUCCUGCUCGUUGGCGUGCCAUUUUUGCUUGCGCGCUUUCUGGGCGGCGGCUUCAAGACCACCAUCUUCUUCAUCAUCGUCUUGUUCUUCCCCAUCCUCAUUGCCUUUUGGACCUACGCCUCGCGCUUUAGCCCUCGCGUCAAUGACAAGGUCCAGCUCCCUGGGCGCGGUGUCGAGCAGUACGUGACCUUCAAGGACCCCGCGGACAAGGCCAAGUGGAGCGGGAGGAACACGGUCCCCAUCCAGACCUUCUCUGAGCUCUACGUCGAUGGCAAGGCCGACUUCAACGGCGACUGCCUCGACGUCCUGGAGUACCGCCACGACUGGUCCAACUUUAGCUUCACCUGGGACUUGUUCAAGUUCAUCAUCUUCACCUUCUUCCGCGACGUCGCCCUGCACACCCGGGACCAGGACAUGGAGCAGAUCCGCCCCAACUAUGACCGGGGCAACGACCACUACGCCUGGUUCCUUGGCCCUCGCAUGAUCUACACCAGCGGCAUCAUCUCGGACACCGAAAAGGAGGAGACCCUGGAGGAGCUGCAGGACAACAAGAUGGCUGUUGUCUGCGAGAAGCUUGAGCUCAAGGAGGGCGAGACCCUUUUGGACAUUGGCUGCGGCUGGGGAACGCUGGCCAAGUUCGCCAGUGUCAACUACGGUGCCAAGGUCACGGGCCUCACCAUUGCCGAGAACCAGACCGCCUGGGGCAACGACGUUCUGCGCCGCGCUGGUGUCCCCGAGGAGCAGAGCCGCAUCAUCUGCAUGGACUAUCGCGAUGCGCCGCGCAAAAAGUACAACAAGAUUUCGCAGCUCGAGAUGGGCGAGCACGUCGGCAUCCGGAGACUCACGACCUUUUUCCGCCAGUGCUACGACAUGCUCGAGGAUGACGGCUCCAUGUACGUUCAGCUGUCCGGCCUGCGACAGGCAUGGCAGUACGAGGACUUCAUUUGGGGCCUGUAUCUGAACAAGUACAUCUUCCGAGGUGCUGAUGCCUCGACGCCUCUCUGGAACUACACCCGAUCCCUCGAGAUGGCCGGUUUUGAGAUCAAGAGCGUCGACACCGUCGGUGUGCACUACUCCGCAACCCUGUGGAGGUGGUACCGAAACUGGGUCGGCAACAAGGAGGAGAUCACGGCCAAGUACGGCCAGCGAUGGUACCGCAUUUGGGAGCUCUUCAUGGCCUGGUCUGUCAUUGCUUCUCGCCAAGGUAGCGCCACUUGUUUCCAGAUUCUGGUCGUCAAGAACCUCAACUCGACGCACCGCAUCAACGGUGUCGGUUCCCAGUUCGGCAUCUCGGGCGCUCUCGCCAAGAGCAGAGCAAGCGGGAAGUCGAGCAUUGCCAAGUAA